AUGGCUUGGAAGGAAAUUUCGGAACAACUCAAACAAGCAGAGUCUGUUGAGCUGACAAGCGACGAUGAAGGGUCUCAGAACAAAGAUGCCGAAACUGAAGUUCAGAACCCUAAGUCAAUCAAUGAGAUUAACAAUACUGAUGCUGUGGAUGUGACUGCUCCUCACGAUACUGAAAUUCGAAACGAAGAUAACACUAUUAUCCACAAUAAAUCCACACAACCAAAAUCACAACACAGUCAAGCAAAAAACGCAAAGGGAAUAAAAAGCGCUAAAAAUCUACCAUUAUCAGCAUCUGCUGUGUUGAUGUCUAGAUUAUUAGACCAACAAGGAAGUAUUCCACAACAACGUGAACACGAUGAACUAGAUCGUUUAUUUUUGAAUAUAUCAGAAACAGUAAAAAAGUUUUCACCUUACCUACAAGCAAUAGUAAAACAUAAAAUAUUCAGUUUAGUUUCUGAAAUGGAGUUACAGCAGCUCGCACCACCUAGGUUUAUUACAACUUCAUCUCAAUAUGGAAAUACUCUCCACCUCCAGCAUCGACUUCUUCAUACGUUCAAGCGAGAGACACACACACCUAUGCCUACGUCUCCUGAGACUUGGGAUACGUCUAUGACUAACGAUUGGAAUCAGUCUGGAAAUGUUCUUGAAUAG